AUGCCUCCCAUCUUCGAGAGCUUCCCUGAGCGCUUGCGCUUUCCGUCUGAACGUUCUAGGUUUGAUCUGGUGGAUGACUGCCGCCGUGUCUUCAGCGCCCGCAGCGUUGCCAAGGAGGACUCCGAGAGUGCAGGCCAGACGUUUUGGUUGUCGGCAGGCACUGAGCCCCGCUGCGGUUUGGAGCAGCUGGUUGCAGAGAUCACCUCGUGGCACCAAAGAAGGCUUGGUCUGGAGGUCCUGGGAAGUGAAUGGUGGACUCUUUGGCUGGAUGGGGAGGAUGACGAUGUGGGCUGGCACUGGGACGCCGACUACGAGGCUCGGGAGCGCGGAGACGUACAGCAUCCUCUCCUUGGCACUGUGACAUACCUCGAAGCUGGUGGCAGCGUUGCACCUACAGCGGUCCUCGAAGACUGCUUCGAGACUGAGCUCUUGGCCGGGAAAGGCGCAAUGGUAGCCAGGGCGCACCUGAGUUUGCCAGUGCCCGGAAAGCACAUCUGCUUUGAUGGGCGACUACUGCAUGCAGCGCCUGCACAGCUGCGGGAGAUCUUUGGGUCCGCCGAGGUCCAAUGCCUUGGUAAAUCCCAAAGGCGAAGGAAGCCAUCACGCACGACGCUCUUGGUGAACAUCUGGCAGCGGCAUCGACCCAAGGACCCUCGGCCCUUGGCCCGCGCAGUGGCAACUAAACUUGCCCCGGUGGUGAACACGUCUUCAUUCUCUCUGGGAAGCGGUGAUCCAGUAGAGCCUUUGGAAUUGCGAGUGGGUCGUGGAACCCGGGCUCGAGAGAUUUCUUGGCAAUUUGGGGAGGACGACUUGAUGUCAGUUUUGUUGCCCAUACCUGAAACCGCAGACAUAAAGGCGGACUCCAUCGCACUCCGGUUCAUUGAUGGACGGUGUGGUUGUGUCGGGUGA